AUGGUGCUCGCAACCGAGAAGGCGCCGUUUGUCGAAUACGAAAUUGAGAUCUCGACGCCCAAGGGCCUCGUCGUGUGCUGGAAGCGCUUCCGGGAAUUUCGGAUAUUGCGCCACGGCCUCAAGCGCACAAGCAACGCGCGUCUGCCGAGCCUGCCCAAGCGCCGGUGGCUCUGCAACCUCUCGACCGACACAAUUUCAGAGCGCAAGGUGAUGCUCAACCAGUUUCUGUCGCAGCUCGUCGCCAACGAAGCGCUGCAGUGGGGCAUUCAGAUCGAUGCGACCCUCGCCGUGCUCAAGCGCCGACGGCUCUCGGUGGACCGGAAGCUCCUCGACAGCUUUACGAGCACGACGCUCGCGUCACCGCACUGGGAAGUCGCGUGA